AUGGCAGUGAAUCAGAGUCACACCGAGAACCGCCGCGGGGCCAUCAUCCCUUUUGGCGAAAGUGUUUUGACUCAGUGUCAGGAUGUAGAACUCUCCUUCCCGCAGCAACCAGAGGGAUCCAGUGUCUUCUGUGGUACAAAGAGGGGAACAGUGUUUCUUACUUCAUACCGGGUGAUCUUCGUGACUUCACACACAGUCAAUGACUCCAUGUUUUCUUUUAUGAUGCCGUUUGAUCUGAUGAGUAACUGCACCGUUGAACAACCCGUCUUUACCCCCAACUUCAUUAAAGGAAUCAUUCAGGCAGCCCCAGAUGGUGGCUGGGAAGGACAGGCUACCUUUAAAUUAGCCUUCAGAAAAGGAGGUGCCAUCGAAUUUGCCCAGAUGAUGAUGAAAGCUGCUUCUGCUGCUGCCAGGGGAGUUCCACUUGGAAGUGUAAACUACUGGUUCAGCUCUCCAGGACUGUACGUAGUUACUGGGCAGGGGGGCAUGAUGUGCUCCCAACAGAUGCCUUGUCCAGCCUACCCAUUUGUUGUCUAUGGAACCCCACAGGCAGGAUAUGGACCCGCACAGGCGGGAUACGCACCCGCACAGGCGGGAUACGGACCCUCACCAGGGGUGUAUGGAACCCCACAGGUGGGAUAUGGAACCCCACAAGCAGUAUACGUGCCCCCGCCUGCGGGAUACAGACCCCCAUCUGGAGUAUAUGGAACACCCCCUGCACGAUACGGAUCCCUACCAGCUGGAAAUGAAGCUUCACUGGCCGGAAAUGAAAACCCACCCGCUGCAAAUGAAGCCUUGCCUCCGGCAUAUGGAAUUUCACCUGUUGGAACUACAGCUGGGUCUAGCAGAUUUAUGGCAGCCCAGCCUGCUGGGUAUGAGCCUUCUCUUCCCCCUCCUUCAUCUUCUGAGAGCCAUCUACAAUCUUUUAGGAAAUAA